CCUUCCUAGUACCGGCCGAGCGCCAUUCAUGUCUUCAUCCUGCUUCUCUUUGCUCUUCUUUCUAACCCUUUUAUUUCUCCAUCCUCUCUUCAGCCAAGCCAAUCUCCACAAAUCCAACACCCUCCUCAAAUCAACCCUUCUCUCCCAACCAUCAACCAAUGACACCAUCCCACCAACUCUCUUUUUUGAAGUCACCAAACCCAUCAGAGUCCCAAACGCCAAGCCAUGUUCCCUCACUAUUCUGCAACAUGACUUCGGCUACACUUAUGGUCAACCUCCUGUCUUUGCAAACUACACCUUUCCAUCUGAUUGCCUACAUCAGGAAUUUUCCAAGAUUGUCCUGGAAUGGAAUGCCACAUGUAAAGGGAGGCAAUUUGACAGGAUUUUUGGAGUUUGGUUGUCUGGAGUGGAGCUACUCAGGAGCUGCACAGCUGAGCCUAGAGCUACUGGGAUUGUCUGGAGUGUCCAAAAGGAUAUCACGAGGUAUACCUCAUUGCUUUUAAUGAACAAGACUCAAACUUUUGCUGUUUAUAUGGGAAAUAUUGUUGACAAGACUUAUACUGGUGUUUACCAUGUCAAUGUAACCCUAUAUUUUUACCCUUCUGUUGAAAAAAUGAAUCGUUUUGAGGAAAGAGCUGAAAUUUUAGGAUCUGGGGUUGGUUCACCCUUUUCGCGGGAUUUGCCAUUGAAAGAUGGGUUGUGGUAUGAGAUUGAGAAUGCUACUGAUCUUAAAGUGAAGGACUUUGAAAUUCCUCAGAAUGUUUAUCGGGCUGUGUUGGAGGUAUAUGUGUCCUUUCAUGAGAAUGAUGAGGUUUGGUAUGGAAAUCCUCCAAACGAUUAUAUUGCUGCCAAUAAUCUUACAAAUUUGGCAGGGAACGGACCUUUUAGGGAAGUUGUAGUUAGUUUGGAUGGUGAAGUGAUUGGUGCUGUUUGGCCUUUUACAGUGGUGUAUACAGGUGGAAUUAAUCCUCUCUUGUGGAGACCCAUUAGCAGUGUUGGAUCAUUUAAUCUCCCUACUUAUGAUAUUGAAAUUACCCCAUUUUUGGGGAAUUUAUUGGAUGGGAAAACCCAUAGACUGGGUUUUAGUGUUACAUAUGCUUUGAAUGUGUGGUAUAUUGAUGCUAAUUUGCAUCUAUGGUUGGAUAGUAAGAGCACUAAGACUGAAGGGAAGCUUUUGCAGCAUGACAUUGUCCCUCUCGGUGUUUCAUCUGUGUCAGAUUUCAAGGGUUUAAAUGGAACAUUCAUUACAAAUACAAGCAGGUUCAUAUCCUCGACUGGAUGGGUCAAGUCCUCUUAUGGUACAGUCACAACCAAAUCUAUUCAAGAUUUAAGUUAUAGUAACUCAAUGGUGAUGGCCAAGGAUGGAGAAGUGCAGAUCGUGCAUCAGACGAUCCAUUUUAAUGACAGUAUUUAUGCAAAGAUGCCAGACUCUGAUGCUAAACCAAAGAAAUCACUCAAGAGGUUUCUUUUAUACUUAUACUCUGACUAUCUCGAUCAAGGAAAUGGAACUUCUUUGUCUGUAGCAAAUUUCACAUUGGGAUUUAAUGAGGAGAAGUUUAAAGAUGCUAAUGCCAGGUUGCCUAGCAGUUCACUCAGGAAUUUGCAGAAUGGACAGGGUAUUAUGGUUGUAAAGGAUAACUUGGCUGUUAGUGGAGUGGGAACUACCCAACAAACAUACAAUUAUGAUAGCACUAAAUUUUGCUAUUCCAGGAACAUAAGCAGCUCAAACUACACCAUUCUUUAUGAUGAAGUGAGAAAGACAUGCAAUAAUAGAGCAAAUUUUCAUUUGGAAUUUGGCCUCAGCAGAAGGUGGCCUUUUCCAGCUUGAAGAGCCUUUUUACUAUCUCGUCUAAUUGAUCCAAAUUGAAAUAGUAAUUUGACUCAUUGCUUUUGAGCUGCUUUAUGUGGAGUUCUCCAAUUAGAUCUUCCUAGAUUCGGACAUGUGGAUGCGCCCAAUUUAUUAGUUUACAAAGAGACAUGUGGGACAUUUUCCCCACUAUGGCCUGUGCUGCGAAGAGCCAAGAAAACAUCUUUAAUGAAAUGAUAUAUCAUUUGCCUUUCAAAAAAAAAAGUUUAUAAAGAGACUGAUAGGAUCAAUUGUUGCGUUUUAUAAAGUAGAAUUUUGCACUGAAUACCCUUUUCUAUCAUGAUUUAAGCUCCAAGUAUAUUCAGAGACUUCUGGUGUAUUAUACUUCCAUCCUUUGACUUUACAGAAUGUAUAAAAUAGUGUCUGAAUUAAGGGCUUCAGGAAUAAACUCUGACAUUUU